AAUGGUACGUUCGUUUGAGGGCUAGUUCCGCACUGAGUGCCGCACUCAGAGCUGUCAAAGUGUUUGUUUGAAGAAACUAGCGCUGGUGCCGCACGAGUUUUGCCUCCAUCUUGGAACUGAAAGUGCGAGUGCCGCACUCGAUUUUUUUCUAGUUUCGUGCGAGUUUCUCGCACACCAACAAACGAUGUUUGUAAACAUCGAAAUCAGCUGUUCGUUCAAAACAUGAUACGAGAAGCUGAUUUUGUUGUUGUUUUCGAUUUGUUCGCGUGUGAAUGGUGAAAAAUUGGACAAAUUGGAUUGCGGUUAUCAAAAUUCCAGACCCGAAGAAGCCCAAGACGGAGGAGGGCGAGGGUAUCAGGCAAGUGCCGAUGCGGAAGAUUAUCGUGGUGGUGCAGCGGAUGGGCGAGUACGUACCAAGCGUACCAAGCGGAUCGCACGGGCUGCUGGAGCACACUCUCACCAUAGAUCACUGCACCGGAGACAAGUGGUACAUGUUUAGAUUCUUCGAAAAAAAAACGCCGAGGCCAAGAACCAGGUGGCCGAAAAGAAGGCUGCCGCCCGUGGUCAGGAUGACGUUUACGACGAAGUCCCUGGACGAUGACGAGUUUGAUUUGUACCUGGAUCGGAGGUAUGAAUGAUCGCGAUAUCCUCCGCAACUUGCAGCGCUAGCUCAAAUCGGUCCUUCAACCGUCGCAAGCAAUACCCUUUGGAACUGGUGCUGACACCGAUUCGUGAGUUGGACAAGCAAAUCUUCAAAUAGUCAAAGAAACGUCUUGUAUUCCCUUUCCCGUGCUGGACGAGGCAGACCGUAGCUGGACUUGGGAUUCAAGGGCCACCAUAAGAGUUGAAUCGAGUGCUAAUAAUAAAAUUGUGAAAUAAUUUGCUUUAAAAUAUAUACUUCAGCGUAAAAUGACUUGUUUUUAUUUAUUCUUAACUGAAAUUAAAUUUCACUAUUGAACAGCAUUUUUCAUUGUAAAAUUUACAGGAAAAAGUCGUUGUUAAAGCACUGUUGAACGACGUUUUAAAUCGAGAAAUUCUACAUUGAAAUAACAGCGAAGUCCACUGUUUCCCAUACAAAAAAAAACUUCGUAGUGAAUAAGCUUAACCAUCCCGCUGCGAUUGCCAUGCGGCACUCCAGGUUCCAGAUCAAUUGAUAAUCACGGAUAUUCGCGGCGAUUCUAACGAAUCAGUGAAUCAAUAAGAUCAGGAAAACUGUUCGUGUAUUUUCUGAAUUAUAUGGUUUGAUGUUAGAGAUCAUUUAAAAAAUUUAGAAAAUAUAUUCGACUGGAUACUUGAAAUAUUUUGCGAUAAGUAAGUCGACUUUCCCGCCGUGGACAUAGUCGGGUUGGACCAGCCAAAUGUGGUCCCGGGACAAAGCAGUUGGAUUAACGGAAUGAACUUGUCUUAACUUAAUUGAGCGAAGUGUUCCGUCCAGGACGUUUUCCAUAGUAUCUGAUGGCAAUAUGUACCAUGUGUCGCUACAAAUAAAUCUUUAAUUUUAAAAUUCAGGCAAAAAUGCAUUGCAGAAACUACAAUAUAAUAAAAAAAGGAAAUCCAAAUAAUUACAAAUUCCAAAAAAACACGAAAAAAAUCCAAAUUCACUCAAAAAAAUAAUUUUAAAUCCUAUACUUCCUAGAACAUUUAAAAAAAAUGAUAAUUGUUCUAACUCUGAAAUUUCGUAUUGUUCUAAAACUCCUAAUAUUUAUAAAAUUAAUAAAAUUUCCAAAACCAUUAACAUUUCUGAAAUUCUAAAGAUAUCAAGAAAUUUUUCAAAAUAAUUGAACUAUAAAAAUUAUUUUUUUUAAAUAAUAUAUUAUAAAACAUUUAUAAUUCGAAAAAAAUUAGGAAAUUGUAAAAAAAACAAUUCAACAUAAAUU